AUGAGCCCCGCUGCCAGGCUCCCACCGCAGCCGCACAGCCCCCUGGGAGCAACCCGCUUCCGCCUCCCGAGCCCGGCUUCCGGCCGAGGUGGGGCGCCUGCGCUUCCCGGCGGGUGGAUUCUGCGCGCGCGCCCCCCCCAGGACUGGAGCCAGUUUCCUGGCCCCGACGUCUCCCCAUGCCUGUUCUUUCCGGUGGUGGGCUUGCUGCGCCCCGGUCCGUCAGAGGAGCCCCGGGCGGAGCAGUUUGUCCCACCUGAAGCCCUAACUCAGACCCCGGCAUCCCCAGCGGGCCACGUGCGCUCCGCGCCGCCGGUGCGCGCCCCGCCUUGGGGGAGGAGCCGGCCCGCUCCGGCCACUGUGUCAGAGCAGCAGCCAGCUCGUGUGCUCCGGCCGCCCAGGCUUCCUCUCCACCCCGGCUCGCUCCCGCCCUUUCCUCUUCCCUUUCAUUCCCAGGCUCUUCCCGCCGCCUCUCCCGGCUCGCCCGCCUUCGCAGUCGGCUUGGCGGCUCAAGCCGUGGGACCGGUGAGUGUCACCCCCAGCCCAGAUCCGAAGCGCUUUGCGACCCCGAAGGGGCAGGUUUGUCCAUGGAGCGCUGAGGAACAGGGGGCGUCUUCCUCUCCCUUUUCCCAUUUCCUUUUUGACCGUCUCUUAUCUCAGGAGAGGGCAGCCCAGCUCCUGGCCCCUGCCAAGAACAAGAACCUUCUAUGGUCACCCUCCACCUCUCCACCUUGUUGGCAGGAGGCGGCCCGAAGUAGGGGAAAGGUCUCAGCUGGUAGGCUGAGUCCCGGCUCCUGCCCCUCUCCUCGUCCUCCUAGGGACAGGGAAGGGGCGGCUGGUACCGGGAAGCGUCAAGGUAGCCGCGCCCUUGGCUAGGGUCACAUCCACCUUCCUGGGAAGGACGUACUCUCCCCGUGCCAGGUGCUUCCGGAGCGGCACCUUGUCCAGAGAGGAAGUCCUGGUUCCCGCCGUGAACCUGGGGAUGGCCCCCCUUGGGUUCCCAGGACCCUCACCCAGAUUUUCUCGUCUGCCCUCCCACUGCCCUCUAAGCCCAGGAGGAACCUGAGGCUGGGGAGGAGGAGCCUAGUGAUCAGGUUGCUUCUUGCCUUGGUGUUUCAUCUGUUCAUUACCAUCGCUGUUCUACCCACGGUGGUCACACCCUUUCCAGAAAUUCUAGGCAGGUAACCGCGAAAACUGGAGAGAGCAAGAGCUGGGAGAACUGGAGAAAACCGCCCUCAUCUGACUUGACUCUGGCUAUGAACGAACGCUGCAUCGUAAUAAACAACUUUUGCAAAGCUUCUUCUGAGGCUCUGGGGGUGACUCUUCUCAGAUUCCUCUGGAACUAAGCCCUUUGCUGGACCCAUGCUCCAGCCUGUGCCCCCAUGACCAGGUGGAUAGAACUCCUUGUGUCUAUGACCCAGAACCCUGGCUGACCACAUUGA